CCUAUAGUUGACUAAUGAUCGGAGAAGUGGAGAAAAUGUUGGCGGUGGGCCUGAUCUGGGGAGCUACCAACGCCGCCAUGCGCCGCGGCGCGCUCCUCUGGGAACAAUACCUCAAGUCCAGUCCAGCCGCAGGCGUCCCACCUUGCAACUUCAAGCAAAGGAUCCUCAAAUCCUUAUCCGAUUGGCUAACCCUCCUUUUGUUUUGGCAAUAUUCAAUCCCUUUCUUAAUCAACCUCUCCGCGUCGGCCACUUUCUUCUCCAUAUUAAGCCAGGCUCCAAUUUCGCUCGCCGUCCCGGUCACCAACGCCACGACGUUUGCUGCUACCGCCGUUUUUGGAAUCGUGCUGGGCGAGCGGACCCGGAUCGGUCUUGCUCUGUUGGGUACAGGUUUUAUUGUUUUGGGUGUUUGGCUUUGUAUCACGUGACCUGCAUGUACUUUUCCUUUACCGAUGUUCUUAUUAACUGUUAUUACGUUACCUUUUUUUCUUUGAAGCACAAUUUAAAGCUCAGAUUAUGAAUCAUAUGCGUAUAAUUUUGCUUUCAUGUAGAAAAAUCCUGUUGGUAACAGUGUUGUUCAGUUUAUUUGUA